AUGUUACUGCUGGCCGUUGAAGAAGGAAAUCACUCGCUGGAUUCCAUCAAGAACCGCAUCUCCCGCGGUUGCGCUUCCUUUUCUUGUUUCUCUUGUGGCGUUGGCCCAAGCGCUUCCGCGGCGGGACUUGAUGCCACCACUACCACAACCACCACCGCAUGUCCUCCUCUUAAAGUAGAACCGGUGAAGCAUCCUGUUGUAUCGACGACGACACCAGACACUGUUGACACGAUCACUAAAACCACCUCGUGUCCUGUUAAAGUAGUGUCUUCUUCACCGGAGUCUGUUGCUGCUGUUCCUGAAAAGUUGAAGGGACAAGACAACGACGCUGAUGUGGUGGAUAACACCGGCAAAGUAGCUUUCAAACUCUCGUUGAGGAGCAGCUUGAAGAGGCCGACGACCUCUGUUGUUGUUGAGUCACGGUCUCUUUUUGAGGAUAUUAAAGAAAAUGAGACGUUGAGUGUCGACGACGAUGCUAGCGAACUUACCAGUGGUGGCGAUACGGGAAGGCGGAAAGUGAAGUGGCCAGAUGCGUGUGGUAGUGAACUCACUCAUGUUAGAGAAUUUGAGCCCAGUGAGAUGGGAUUAUCAGAUGAAGAAUGGGAGAUGGGACGGCAAAAAGGGACAUGUUCAUGUGUAAUCAUGUAG